GGUGAUUUCCGCACUUAAAGGAUUUGCGAUUUUUGAAGCUACGGGAUUUCUGUCAAAUCGAAAGCCAAAUCAUUAACAAGGCGAUAUACGUAACAUGAUUUACCUUCGAAGUUUUACUUUCUAAAACGUACGAGACGAGUCGUAAAGGCGACUGAAGUGGCUAAGAUGGGUUUGAACACUACUGCGACAGGUAAAAUUGAUAGUUUGGAAAGUUCAGGAGGAUUGCCACUCACUCCGUUAUUGAUUGGUGUAACAAAUUUGCUCGUUGGUAUCGUGGCAGUUACGGGGAAUUUCCUCCUCUGUGUAACAAUUUACAAAGAUCCCUAUCGACGCUUGAGAAGUACAGCUAAUUAUUUAGUGGUAAAUCUAGCGGCUGCUGACCUUCUCACAGGUUUGAUAACUGAACCUUUAUAUGCAGCAUUUGAAAUAUGCAACUUCAUGAAGAAGGAAUUCACCACCUUAUAUGUCAUUGGGGAAUCAACUGCAUAUGUUUUUGUAAACGCCUCGAUUUUGUCUAUCCUUUCCCUGGCGUUAGAUCGGUAUAUUGCAGUAAAAUAUCCAUUAUCACAUGAGCGAAAGAUGAACCACGACUGCAUCCUUAAAAUUGUCAUUCUAUUGUGGAGUUACUCCCUGCUAUUCAGUAUGCUUCGCUUCAUGGGUUUACCUCAAGAUGUUUUUUACUGGCUUGAUUUGCAUCUGAAUUAUACCCUUCUUGUGGGGAUAUUAAUAGGGGUGUAUGUAUCGAUAUAUUUUACUAUCAGGCAUCAACUAACAGAGUCAUUAAGAACACAAGGCUACAAUAGCAAAACAAGACGACAGCCAAAUCGCAACAAGAUGGAAACUAAAAUAAAAUCAGAGAAAAAAUUGCUAAGAACCGUUUUCCUACUGUUAGUUGUUGCUAUCUCGUGUAUGAUGCCUAUCUACAUAAUGCUUCAUGUAGAACUACUCUGCGAGUCCUGCAUGGAAAUAGCAGCAGUAAAAGCUAUAAGCAAGUUCUCAGAGCCAAUUCUGUUUUUAAAUUCAGGAUUGAACCCUUUUCUUUACGCCUGGACAAUGCCAAAGUAUCGUCGAGCACUUAAACAAAUACUUCGCAGUUGGGGUCUGCGUUCGAAUAUAAUUAGGAAGCAUAGAAAUAUAAUUCCCCGCCAGGACAGGUGCGUGUUUGCAUUUCAAAAUCGAGGGAUGACGCACGGAAAUACAACUUUGUCGGAUUCCAAGGAUUGGAUCCCUGUGCAGCUGUUAAAAAUUGAUGUCAAAGAGAUUAUAAACGUCGUAUGACAUAUCACUGCAUGCUGUUUUCUUUAAUCUAGCGAUGGAACAAAAAUUUAAUCUCCUCGAUACCAAGAAGGGCGAAUUUCGAAUCCCAAUUAAAUUUUUAACUAAUUUGCCGCGUCAUUUAAAAGCAAUUGACAACUUCAUACACAUUGAUGUAAACACGACACAAGUUAGUUCGGCUGAAAGUAACAAUCCUGAGAAAAUUGCGACCAAAAAAGGAAAGUCAUUAUCCUAUUAAAUACGAAACGACGGAAAUUGUAGAUAUAAUACGCUUUUUUCGUCUGAGAAUAACGUACUGUUCGUAUCUAAGUAGCAGAACCUGACGUAGGUAGGUGGUAAAUAUGUAAUUCCUAAACACGUUUAGUCUAAAUCUGGCAAAAAAAGAGGAUGUUUUUGCAUAUUUGGAGAGAAAUUGAUAACCUCAGGAGAGCCA